AUUUGUGACUCGUGUGAAUAAUAAAAGUAAACUCAAGAUGGACAAUUGGAUACGUUUUAAUAAUCCCAGAAAAGGGAGAGGACAAUAUUACGAUAAUCGCAAUUCAAAUCGUUUUGAAACUUUACUCAUCAGGCCAGGAGAUGUGGUGAAUUUUCAACCUGGCAGGCAACGACUGAGCUUUAGACCGGCAGGAUUCAAAAUGUCCCGAAAUCAUAAGGACAAAUAUGAAAAUUCUAAUCCGCGUCGUACGCAUUCAAUUAUGUCUACUGAAGAUGCAAACUCUGGAAAGAAAUCUUAUUGGCCGGAGUUGGAGAUAACAGGCAGUGUGAAAAAUUUAAGUCCUAGCAUAUGGCAAUUGACUCAUUUAACAGCCUUGUAUUUGAAUGAUAAUAGUUUGCAGAGGAUACCACCUGAAAUAGGUCGUUUAGUUAAUUUGAGAGCCUUAGAUCUCAGUAGUAACAAAUUACGUAGUUUGCCUGCUGAGUUGGGAGAUCUCAUCUACCUUAGAGAGUUGUUGUUAAAUCAGAAUUACCUCCGAGUGUUACCGUAUGAGUUAGGAAAGUUGUUCCAGUUACAAGUGCUUGGACUUCAUGGUAAUCCUCUCAGUAAAGAAGUGAUGGCACUUUAUGGCGAACCAUCAGGGACCCACAAGUUGCUGUCCUUCAUGCUCGACAAUUUACAAGGUUUGUCAAUUUAUUUCAUUACACUAACAUUGUUGUUUAUACUCAUUCUGAUUAGUAAACCAAUUACUUCAAGUACUGAUGCAAGUGUAGGUAAAUGUAUUGCGCGACUGUACCAGUUAGUAGCCUGA